AUGCCUUCGGAUUCCAAGCCCAAUGUGUCCUUCGACACCGCCUCGACCUCGACAUCAUCGAUCAUGAGUGAGAAGGAGCGAGCUCAACAGGAGAAGAAGCCUUCGCUGGCCAAGAGGGUCGUGACAGCCAUCAAGAACUUUGAGCCUCCAGAGCCAAGGAUACCGCAAAGCAGACACGAGUAUAUGCCAGCCUGGUCGAGGUGA